UUACAGUUUAGUCUGAUCUCAGAAGUGGCCCCGAAUGGUUGAUUGACAUUGGUUUUGUUUUUCUUCAUCGUUUCAUUUACUAUAGAUAUAUAUAAUAACCAUCAUAAACCAGUACUGUGUCUGUGUAUAAUUUAUAAAUUUAACUACAACCCUCAUUCGUCAUUAUUAAAAAGAUGCUGAUGGCGAUUUAUUAAAAGCGAGCCGACUGAUUAGUGUCUGGACUUGCUUAUUAUUUUUUAAAUAUAUAUUUAAAAUAAAAAAAAAAUUAGUGUGGAAUAAGCUGAGUUUAUCACAAGGAUCAUGAAAAUGGUGUUGUCACAACGGCAGAGGGAGGAGUUAAAUAAGGCGAUUGCAGACUAUUUAAGUACUAAUGGCUAUCAAGAUGCUCUGGAAGCAUUCAAAAAGGAAGCUGAUAUGCCAGGUGAAGUUGAACGCAAAUACGGUGGGUUGCUUGAGAAAAAAUGGACAUCCGUUAUACGACUACAGAAAAAGGUAAUGGAAUUAGAGUCUAAGCUGUCUGAAGCCGAGAAAGAAUUCAUAGAGGGUGCACCAACACGAGGAAAACGUUCGUCAACAGAAUGGAUUCCCAGGCCACCUGAGAAACAUUGUUUGACUGGUCACAGAGCGCCAAUAAAUCGAGUUAUUUUUCAUCCUGUAUUCAGUCUUAUUGUAUCAGCAAGUGAAGAUGCAACGAUUAAAGUAUGGGAUUUUGAAAGUGGUGAAUUUGAACGUACCCUGAAGGGACAUACAGACAGUGUACAAGAUGUGGCAUUCGAUGCAUCAGGAAAAUUACUGGUGUCUUGCAGCGCAGACAUGUCUAUAAAGAUAUGGGACUUUCACCAGUCGUUUGCAUGUGUUAAAACAAUGCACGGUCAUGACCAUAAUGUCAAUUCAGUUGUAUUUGUACCACAGGGUGAUUUUGUAGUGAGUGCCUCACGGGAUAAAACCAUUAAAAUAUGGGAAGUUGCUACCGGCUAUUGCGUUAAAACAUUAACUGGGCACCGAGAAUGGGUUAGAAUGGCAAGGGUCAGUCCUUGUGGUGAAUUAAUUGCCAGUUGUUCUAAUGAUCAGACUGUAAGAGUAUGGCACAUGGCUACUAAAGAGACCAAAGUCGAAUUACGUGACCAUGAUCAUGUUGUAGAGUGCAUUGCUUGGGCACCAGAAAGUGCGAGAGCGGCAAUAAAUGCCGCCGCUGGUGCUGACAACAAAGGAGCCCACGAAGGCCCAUUUUUAGCAUCAGGAUCCCGUGACAAGUCGAUUCGCGUAUGGGAUGUCAGCGUUGGUGUUUGUCUAUUUGUACUACUUGGUCAUGACAAUUGGGUACGCGGUAUCGUCUUCCAUCCUGGUGGCAAAUUUAUUGUCAGUGUGUCUGAUGACAAGACAAUGAGAGUUUGGGAUACACGUAAUAAACGUGCUAUGAAAACGCUUGAGGCACAUGUUCAUUUUUGCACUUCUAUCGAUUUUCACAAAAGCCAUCCUUAUGUGGUAACUGGUAGCGUAGAUCAGACAGUGAAAAUUUGGGAAUGUCGCUAGUCACCGAAUUUUCGAUAUUUAUUAUUAAAUAUUUUUAUUUAAAAAAAAAUUUUUUUCUUUAUACAUAAAUAUCGAAAAUAAACUAAAUAAAAGUUUAAGUAAUAAAAGUAAAGUAUACAAAACCAAGACGAGGAAGACGAAGAUGCAGAUGCGCUUGUGGAUGUAACGUGAAUGAAUAUUUAAUAAAGGCAACGAGAGAAAGAUUAAACAAGUUAACGGCCGAAUGAGUAAGCUAAUUACAUACAACAGCUAUCGUACACACUAUUACUAUUAUUAAAUAAUAAAAAAAUAAUAAUAACAACAAUACAUAAUAAACAUAUUAUUAAGGCUCUUUAAUUUAUAAUCAAAUAUAAUCUACAAUAUAUUAUUUAAUGGUAAUUUAACAAUUUAAAAAUUAAUAAUUAAACUGGAAUAAAGUUGAACAAAAUUCGAUCGCGGGGAGGACGCGCGUUCUUGUCCUAAGCUUUGGCAUAAUUUUUUUUUUUUCUUAAAUUAAAAAUCUUUCAUUCAUUUUUUAUUUUUAAACAUUACGCGACGAUCCUGUGUACAUAUAUACAUAUGCAUAUAUAUACUAACUAACAAUCUUAAAAAAAUCCAUCAGAAUUUUUUUUUAAUCUCUUGAUAAUUAUAUUAUUUUUCAUUUUAAUAAAUUUACUGCUCAAGAAUAUACUUACGAACGAUAAAUUUAAAAAUAUUUAUUUAUAUAUAUCUACAUUUUUUUUUUAAUUUUAAAUUUAAUUCGUCGCGAGAACAUUGACUGUAUGACGUUGACGUGAGAUUUUUUUUAACGUCCUCCUCAUGCUUCUUACGACCUUAAAACGCUAAAUUAAUUAAUGAAUUAUUUAAUUAAAUAAUAUAAAACUCAAACCUGUAGUGGUAUAAUCAUGAGCUUUUAUUAUUAAUUUUUAUUAACAUUUAAAAUUUAUUAAUUGAAAUAUAAAAUUUUCUAAUUACGGUGAGACGUCACGCGAGUCAAAAAAAAAAAUAAAAUUUUUUUAUUAAUUAACUAAUUUGAUUAAUAAUUAAUAUUUGUAAUUUGUAUAUUCAAAUAAUGCAUCACUGAUAAUUAAAGGCCUGACGUCCAUCGAGAUUAAUAAAUUAAAAGUUUAUCCAACGUAGAAAUUGAUAGAAAAAAAAAAGUUUACUAAAUAAAUAAUGAGAUUUAAAAUACAAUGAAAAUGAAAAAAUAAAACAUAAUAUGCACUGCAAGAAAAAUAAAAUAAUCGUAAUAAUAAAUAAUUUAAAAAGACCUUAGUACCUUGUAGUCAUUUUUAAAAUGAAUUUAAAACAAAAAAAUAUUAAUUAAUGAGUUUAUUAAAUAAUAAACUGGUUUACAUUAGUUACAUGUUUAAAUAAUUAAAUUAACUUUAGAUUGUUAGUUUAAUAAUGAAGACAGUGAAGUAGAACAAAAAUAAUGAUUUAAAAAAAAAACACAUUUGACAGAUAAAUAAAAUUAAUUUUAUUUAUAAUUAUUUUAUAAUUUAUGACACGUGCAAUUUUAUUCAAGUCACUUCGUGUCUUUUUCUACGUCUUCAUUCGUCAAAUUUAUUUGUUAAUAUUAAUAUUAUUUUCUUAAUUGUAGAAUACAUUUAAAAAAUAUUGAAUACAGAAAAUUAUAAUUAUAAAUAGUACUUUUUUUUUAGUAAUUGUUAUUAAUUAAUAUUGAUCUGUUUUCCUGACUCGCGAGGCACCACUUAACAAUUAAAUGAAACUUGACAUGAUUUUUCCUUAUUUUAAAACAAAAUAAAAUGAAUUAUUAAAAAUAAAAGAAAAUAUUUAUUUUAAUGUCAAACUACUCAUUAUUAUUUUUAUUUUAAAUAAUAUUUAUAAUUUUAAUGAGAAUUUCUAAUUGUGCCAGACGAUUAUUGCAAUAAAAAUACAUUUUAUUAACAGUAUUUCAGGAUAUUUUAUCAGAUACAUUAUUUUUAUUUUUUUUCCAACUCGAUAACGUCCAUAGAGACGUAAAUUUUAAUUUAAAAUUUCGUUGUAAAAUUUUAAUUGUUUUAAUUAAUAAAAUUUUAAUUUUUCAUACUUUACCAUUUGAUCUUACAGCUAAAUUUUUUAUUAGCUUAUUUUAAGACCUUCAAAUUAUAUAACGCAAAUCAUUUAUUUUUAUAACAAUAAUUAUAGUUAAUUAGUUGAUUUAUUAUUUAUCACUUAUGAAGAUUUAACAUUAAUUAAAUUAUUUUUAAAUACAUAUAUAUAUAUAUAUAUAUGUAGACACAUUUAAAGUGUAUGAAUCCAAUUAAAUUUUUUUUGCGCAAAUAAUACACAUCCAGUUAAAAUUAAUAGAUAUAAAAUAUCGGGUCCAAUAUAUCUGACUCGAAAAAUUGUGAAUUUUUUAUGAGUGUGAAUGUAGCAGACAUGAGAUAAUUUAUAGAUUUUAAAUAAAUAAAUUAAUUAAUGAAAAUAAUGAAAUUGAAAGAGAUCCGUGUAUUUUUUUUUUUUUUUUUUUUUUUUCAAUUAUCUAAAUACGCAUUUUUAAAUUUUUAUUCUAUCUAAAUUUUACUUGUUUGUUCCACAUUUUAAAGAACUGCUAAUUCUCAGCUGCAUUCACACUCAUAAUUUUUUUAGGUUUAUUUUUCAAAUCAUUUUUAAUUAUAUUUCAAAAUUACUAUGGAUGUCUAAAGCCUAAAUCUUAUCUAUCAGAAGGUAAAAAAAGAAUUUAUUUCACCGAUAGUCAUGUAUCAAAGUCUCAUACCCUGAUGACAUUUAGUGAGCAUAUAAAUUAAUUAUCAUGCGCAUUGUUUAAUUAAUGAUUAAUAUCAUGUAUAUUCUUACGUACUUUGCAAUUGUAGGAGUAACUAGAAAAAUUUUGAUGCACAACAAAUGUCCUUUGAUUGGUAAUAAAUUUUAGUAAUUUUUAUCAGAAAAUUAUCAACGUAUUCAAAAUUAUUGAUAUUUUCUAGGCGGUUCUCCUUCUUCUGCAAGCCAAUUUUGAUGGUUAUUUAUUUCAGUUCGUCUAUAUAUUUCUUAUUUCCAAUUUGUUCAUCUAAUUGUCAACAUGUCCGACUAUAUAUUUCUCAAGACUUGUAUUCUUUUUUGUUAUCUAAUUUUUCAUCACAUAUAUCUAAAUUUAGUCAAUUAAGGUUAUUCUUAGACAGUGCUCCCCACUUUUUUAAAAUAUUCAAUGACUUUCAAUCGUAAAAACCGUAUUAAAAUUUUGAUAAUUAAUCAAAAAAAAGUUAAAGCGUUAAUUUAAAAGAAGAUAACGCAGUUACGAUUUCGCCGAGACAUAGAUUUUUAAAAAAAUUAUUUACAGUUGAUGUCAAUUAGGAGAUAAACAAAAUUUGGAAAAUAAAUUUCAGUAAAAUCUUCAUGUCGAAAUUAUAAUUUGGAAUGCCAAAUUUUUUUACCAAAUUUCGUUCAACUCUUAAUUGAUAACAACUGUGAUAUUAGUAAUUUAAAAAAAAAAUCUAUAUCUUGGCGAAAUUGCAACUGCGUUGUCCUUUUUUUCAAUUGAUGCUUUGAUUUUUUUUAAAUUGAUUAAUAAAAUUUUAAUACUGUUAUGACAGUUCAAGGUCAUUAAAUAUUUUAAAAACAUGAGGGGUACUGCCUGAGAAUGUCCUUAAUCUUUAUUUGAAAAAAAAGAAAAAAAUUAUUUUCUCAUUUUAAAUUAUAGACGUUAAAGAGUUACUAAUUGUAAUGGUGAUGAAUGUCAAAUAGGAUCGUAUAUGUCUAUUUUAUUUAAUUAUUAAAUCUUCACAAUUUUUAGUAAUAACAGUAUAUAAGUAUAUUUAAAUAUAAAUAUAAAUAUAAGUAUAUACUUUAAAAGAAAUAAAAAAAAAUUAAA